GUUUCACAAUGCAAUAUCAGCCUGAAAAAGCAGCGAAACAGAAGCAUCUUCAGCUCGUUCUUCUGCUGCUUCCGCAGCUACAGCGUCGAGCCGCCAACCUCCAAUAAUAACACCAGCCCGCUGCCUCCGCUGGUGGAAGAAAAAAUGGCGGCGUUCAAAAGGGUGAUCAGACGCAAGUCAUUACCAUUCCUACUCCACCUACUAAAUACCUCCUUCCAGAGCUGAAAGUGUCCGAUUAUGGCAAGAAGUGCGUGGUCAUUGAUCUGGAUGAAACCUUAGUACACAGUUCAUUUAAGCCAAUUAACAAUGCUGACUUUAUUGUUCCUGUGGAAAUUGAUGGAACAAUACAUCAGGUGUACGUAUUGAAGAGACCGCACGUAGAUGAAUUCCUUCAGAAGAUGGGCGAGUUGUUUGAGUGCGUCCUGUUCACGGCCAGCCUAGCGAAGUAUGCCGACCCUGUGGCUGACUUGCUGGAUCGCUGGGGUGUGUUUAAGGCGAGACUCUUCCGAGAAUCCUGCGUGUUCCACAGAGGAAACUACGUGAAAGAUCUGAGUCGUCUAGGAAGAGAGCUGAGCAAGGUCAUCAUAGUGGACAACUCGCCAGCGUCCUACAUCUUCCACCCGGAGAAUGCGGUCCCAGUGCAGUCCUGGUUUGAUGACAUGUCGGAUACAGAAUUGCUCGAAUUGAUUCCCUUCUUUGAAGGGCUAAGCAAAGAAGAGAACGUUUACAACAUGCUGCAUAAACUUUGCACCAGGUAG